CAGAUGGAAGAUGAAAAUGACCAAGCCACCUUUAGCUGUAGGAAAUGUGGAGAUGAGAUGAAAUCAUUAAAAGAGGCCAUCUGGCAUGUUAAAUUUAACCACACUACAUAUAACAAUUGUCCUUAUUUUUGUACCAUUUGUCAUUUUAAAUGCAACAGUUUAAACCGUUUGGAGAACCAUGUAACAAAAUAUAAACUUCAUGCUAAACUUGCAGCUGAUGUGCAAAAUGUUCAAGAUAAGACAUUUCUUAAGAAGAACACUGUGCCAUAUAAUGUUACAUGGGGUAAUCAGGGUACAGAAGAUCUUGGUACCAACUAUCCCGGGAUCCACAUUGAUAUACAAGAAGAAGUUGUUGAAAUUAUUUCAAAUACAGAAACACCAAUUACCACAGAUGCAGAGACUCAAACUGACAACAUGGAGGAUUUUGAGAAACAACUAAAAGAUCAAAGAAAAGAAGUAUUGAAACUUAGGGAGGAAGCCACAUUUUGGAAAUCAAAGGUUCUUGUCAUGAAGAGACAACCAGGAGAGGACAUAACCAAACCGUCGCUACAGAAGAAGAGAAGACUUGGAAAAGAAAAUAAGAAGAUAAAAAGUGUAGUGUUCUUUCCAUACAAGUCACCUGUUGAUAAACUGUAUAAAUAA